AUGGUUCUUAAAGGCGCACGACGUUUAGAUUCCUUACCCACCAAACAAUGCAAACCUAUUGCCAUCGAUAUUCUAAACAAAUUAAUUGGUGUAUUACGAUGCGGUAUAUUUAAUUCAUAUCUCGAUACAUUAAUGCAAGCAGCACUUACUACUGCAUUUUGGGGUUUCUUCAGAUCCGAUGAAUUAUCUCCUGAUAAAUUUUCUUCACGCUUACAUGUUACGAAAGCUGAUGUUUACUAUGAUAUAAAUUGUAUUAUUAUUCAUUUAAAAUCAUCAAAAACUAAUAUACAACGGAGAGGAGUGAAUAUUCGUUUGUAUAAAAACGGAUCUAUUAAUUGUGCAGUUCAUGCUUUAAAUUGUUUUACUCUUCUUCUCAACAGCAAUAAUCAUGAUUCUCCUUUCUUUCUUUUAUCCAACGCUCAAGCAUUUACUCGUCGUGCUUUUAUCUUCAAUUUAAGACAUUUAUUGCUUCAAUUAUAUUUAUCACAACAGCGAUCUAAUGUUGAGUAUUUAUUUUAA